CUGAAAAAAGGGUGCCAGCCUGGCUGUCAGGCAUAAGAUACCGUGGGGAAAACAGCAACCAUUAUGUUGUCUCUGAGUAGAGGCUACUGGUGGAACAACAGGCUUUUCUUGACAUGGAGAGAAACUAGCUUGCUUGCUUGCUGGCUUUCAUUCUGUGCAGCAGAGUCCCUCAUUACUUGCCCAUCCUCUUGCAAAUGCAACAGUGGUACUCUGGAGGUGGACUGUAGUGGCUUGGGCCUUUCAUCCAUACCCUUGGACAUACCUACAAAUACCAGGACCUUCCUUUUCCUCAACAACCAGCUAAACAACUUGCAAGGACAAGCUUUUUCCAAUCUGUCUGCCCUCCAGAGACUGGAUCUUUCCAACAACUUCUUAGAUCAACUUCCUGAGAAUGUUUUCAGAGACCUAGUGAACCUUACUGAGUUGCAGCUGAGAAACAACAGCAUCAGGAGUUUGGACAAAGAUCUUCUGCAGAACAGUGUCCUCCUACGUCAGUUGGAUCUCUCCAUCAAUGGGCUAGCUCAAAUCCCCUCAGGAAUCUUUGAUGACUUGCCCUCUCUCCGCUGGCUGUCCCUCAGGUCAAACCGCCUGCAGAAUUUGGACAGGGUGACCUUUGAGCCAUUAGUCAGCCUGCAGCAGUUGGAAGUGGGUGACAACCCCUGGGAAUGUGACUGCAACCUGAGAGAUUUCAAAUACUGGAUGGAAUGGUUCUCUUAUCGAGGAGGAAAAAUAGACCAGCUGGCAUGUACCCUGCCUAAGGAGCUGCGGGGGAAGGAUAUGCGGAUGGUGCCCAUGGAGAUGUUUAACUACUGUUCCCAACUGGAGGAUGAGAACAGCUCUACUGUGCUGGACAAUAUUGGCCCUCCUUGUAAUAAGGGAAGCCCAACAGCUCCCAAGCCUAAAACAAGCCCUGACUUAGAAGAGGAGCCCAGUGUGGGGUGCCCCCAGAAGCAAAGAUACCGGCCCGUCAGUGUGCGCCGGGCCAUUGGCACAGUCAUCAUAGCUGGGGUGGUUUGUGGAAUUGUGUGUAUCAUGAUGGUAGUGGCAGCAGCAUAUGGUUGUAUCUAUGCAUCUCUCAUGGCUAAGUACCAUCGGGAGCUGAAGAAGAGGCAACCAUUAAUGGGUGACACAGAGGGUGAACAUGAGGAACAAAAGCAGAUCUCCUCUGUGGCAUGAAUGCUCUUGGAAAUUAAUAGCAGAAGAGAACAGGAUACAACAGAAGCCUAUGGCCUGGGCCUUUCCAUAACUUGCCAGAUGUACAGAUGGAUUGCGCUACUGUUCAAUUCAUCCAAUUAGUAAAAUGUGCUUCUGGGUUCAAGACACCUGGCUCUGGGUUUGGUUCCUCUCACUCCCUUCUGCCCUUAUGUAACUCCAAGCAAAUAAACUGUAGUCAGACCUCAAGUGCUCAUCAUUUCUCCUCUUUGCACAAGGCAAACACUAACACUCUCAUCUGGGAAAACUCAUCCAACCUGACAUUCUCAUCUCUGCUUCAGUUCCUGAUUUCUUUGCAAA